GAUAGCGGAAGUGGCCAGGCAGCCGGAAGUAGCUGGAAUCACCGUGGGCUUGAGCGACUGACAGGGUCCUGAGGUUCGAAGAGGAGGAGGCAGCCAUGGAAUUGGGCGAGCAGCUGUACAACAAGUCCGAGUACAUCGAGACGGCAUCUGGGAACAAAGUUAGUCGCCAGUCUGUUUUGUGUGGAAGCCAGAACAUCGUUCUCAAUGGCAAGACCAUUGUAAUGAAUGACUGUAUCAUCCGCGGAGAUCUGGCAAAUGUGAGAGUUGGACGGCACUGUGUUGUAAAAAGCCGUAGUGUCAUAAGGCCACCAUUCAAGAAAUUCAGUAAAGGUGUUGCAUUCUUUCCUCUACAUAUUGGGGACCAUGUCUUUAUUGAGGAAGACUGUGUGGUCAACGCUGCUCAGAUUGGUUCUUAUGUUCACGUUGGGAAGAACUGUGUGAUUGGGCGCCGGUGUGUCUUGAAAGACUGCUGCAAAAUUCUUGACAAUACAGUAUUACCUCCAGAAACUGUGGUCCCACCAUUCACUGUCUUCUCAGGCUGCCCAGGACUCUUCUCAGGGGAGCUCCCAGAGUGCACACAGGAGCUGAUGAUUGAUGUCACCAAGAGCUACUACCAGAAGUUUCUGCCCCUAACACAAGUCUAAUCUCUACUUUAUAUAUUGAAUUCUUUUGAACUCUACUAUGAUGAACUUGGAGAUAAAGUGAGUGGUCAGUAACUACAAGAGCUACCAUGUUUUUGAUGA